ACCAGGUGUGGUGGUAUAAGUCUGGACAAUCUGUUGUCAACAACAUUGUCGUCAUUUGAACAAGCUGAGCCGGCUGUGCUGAGGAUUGCUGCGUGAAGCAACGCCAUGGAUAGCAAAGUUGUUCUGAUUCUGCUGGGGACUCUUGUCGCAUCUGGCUCAGCCUUGGUGUGUUACAUGUGUGACGGAACCGGCGAUGACUGCGUCAAGAAUUAUCAGAGCCUGAACAACAACACGGAGACCUGCGGUGGUCUGAACACUAGAUGUGCCGUCACCUACAGUAAGCUGAAUGGUGACUAUGUGACGUUCAGUCGGGGAUGUGCCACCUCCGUCGCUUGUGUCUGCCUUGCAGGAGAUACCGGGGCUUGUAAGAGAUGCUGCUCUACUGACAGGUGCAACACCAGCGGUUCCUCUACUGCGCAGGCCCAGGGCAUGGUCGCCCUGCUCGCGGCAGCCAUCUUGUCAAUGUUCAUCGCUGGAAAGCAAUGAGGCAGAUGAUUGGUCAAGGUUUCAACGAAUGGCAGGGUGCCAGUUAGUAAACGAUGUGAUAGACAGGGGAUAGGCGUAGCUUGGCAUUCCCGGUGUGCCUUAUGAAAUGUAGUCUGAUCUCUAUAUGGUCGAUCGCUAUAGGUGUAGUAAGAAUUUCCAGUUAACGUACAAGAAGGUCAUUUUCCGCCGAAUUUGAAGUGAGUGCUUUAAAUAUACACAGUUGUGCUAUAUUCUAAACAACACGUCAGACAUCAGGCAUCAGAAAUAGUGUUUCACUCACAGUAUAGUAGUUUCCAAUCGUGCUUAGCAAGUUCAAGAAAACCUAUG